UAGCGUACGCGAACGUCAAAUAGCUAUACACAAAAAAAAGUUUGGUAUAAUCGGCUACUCGACUGUACUCGCACACUAUAUAAAAGUUGGUACUAUCUCAACAAGCCUCCUCCCUUCCAAAUUCCAAUCUAAAAAUUUCCAGAAACCCCAAAUUUCUCUCUCCUGCCAUCUCGGAUCAACUUUUCCUCACCAUUCGCUUUCAUUAACACAGAGCUAAGAACAGUUCCGGAUCACUGGGUUUUUUUUGCCGAUUUUUAAAAAAUGGCGGGAUUAGCAGCAUUGCCCCAGGAAUUGAGCCAAGAUGUUGUUGAUUUAUUGAACCGGACAGAUUUGGAUCCGACGGCCGUGGUUUUCGAUCCGAUUCCGCCUGUUGUCGUCACCAGUAACGGCGGCGAGAAUGGUGUGGUGAAGAAGAUGAAGACUGGUGAAAAUGGGGAGAGAGAGAUUGUUAUGGGUCGGAAUAUUCACUCCUCCUGCCUUGAUAUCACAGAACCCGAGGCUAACGAUGAGGUUACCGGCGAUAAGGAGGCGUAUAUGGCGGGCAUUUUGGCUAGAUACAGGCAGAGUUUGCUUGAGAGGACUAAAUAUCAUUUGGGAUAUCCUUACAACCUGGACUUUGAUUAUGGCGCUUUGAGUCAGUUGCAGCACUUCUCGAUAAACAACCUUGGUGAUCCAUUUAUCGAGAGCAACUAUGGUGUGCAUUCCAGGCAGUUUGAAGUGGGUGUUUUAGAUUGGUUUGCGCGUCUUUGGGAGAUCGAGAAGGAUCAGUACUGGGGAUAUAUUACAAACUGUGGUACAGAAGGAAACCUUCAUGGUAUCCUUGUGGGGAGAGAGGUGUUUCCUGAUGGAAUUUUAUAUGCCUCAAAAGAGUCACACUACUCGAUCUUUAAAGCUGCACGCAUGUAUAGGAUGGACUGUGUUAAGAUUGAUACAUUAUCAUCUGGGGAGGUUGAUUGUGCCGAUUUUAGGACCAAGCUUCUCCAGAACAAAGAUAAACCAGCCAUCAUCAAUGUCAACAUAGGAACUACUGUAAAAGGAGCUGUUGAUGAUCUUGAUCUUGUGAUACAGACUCUUGAAGAAUGUGGCUUCCCCCAUAACCGAUUCUACAUCCACUGUGAUGGUGCCUUAUUUGGUCUCAUGUUGCCAUUUGUUACUCGAGCGCCUCAGGUAACAUUCAAGAAGCCAAUUGGUAGUGUAAGUGUAUCGGGCCACAAAUUUGUAGGAUGCCCAAUGCCCUGUGGUGUACAAAUAACAAGGAUGGAUCACAUCAACACAUUAUCAAGUAAUGUGGAGUAUCUUGCUUCAAGGGAUGCAACAAUCAUGGGUAGCAGGAAUGGCCAUGCCCCUAUCUUUAUGUGGUAUACAUUGAAUCGAAAAGGAUAUCGUGGUUUCCAAAAAGAGGUUCAAAAGUGCCUACGAAACGCCCAUUACCUCAAAGACCGGCUUAGAGACGUUGGCGUUAGUGCCAUGCUCAACGAGUUAAGCAGCACCGUCGUGUUUGAGCGGCCGAGGGAUGAGGAGUUUAUCCGGCGUUGGCAGCUCGCUUGCCAAGGGGAAAUAGCUCAUGUGGUUGUCAUGCCUAGUGUUACAAUUGAGAAGCUUGAUACUUUCCUUGACGAGUUGGUGGAGAAACGUUUAAGUUGGUUUAACGAUGGUGGUAACCAGCCACCGUGUCUUGCAUCUGAGAUGGGGAAGGAUAACUGCGCGUGCCCUCUGCAUUAGUCAGAAAUAUUUGCUUGCUUUCUUGCUUGCCAAGUUGAGUAUAAUUUCAUUCAGAAAUAUUUGUAUUUCUUCUUCUUCAUGCUUGGGCUGUUCUACUUAAUCUACAUAGUGGUAGAUUACCUAUUUCAUGUGGCAUAAAUAAUGUGGUGGAUUAUACUAAGUUUUCGUAAGAACUCGAGUAUAAUUUCAUUCAGAUUUGCUUCCAGCAAUGUAUCGUUGUUGUUGUUGUUGUUGUUGUUAGUGCAUUUACUGAUGUUUGUAUUUCUUCUUCA